GUGCGUGUGUUCCUGGAAAGGUCUGGUCCACUUCCAUGUUGCGUGGGCGAAAAGGGAAGCUUAUGAGUGGUCGUUAAAUUCGGUUUCUUUUAUUUUCUAUUUUUUCUUUUAGUUCCUUUUACUCUGCGAACGCAGCAACGUACAGUCAAAAGGAAGUGCAGGAUGUUUUCCACAUAUCUUCUUUGUCAGAUCAUCCUCACACUCAUCUGCCAAACACUUUGUUACGAACCCACAGAGAAGGACUUGAAGUGUUUCAAUGACUAUGAGACAGAAAUGAAAUGCAGUUUUUGGUUUGACGGCCUCAUAAAUUGCUCUGGAUACAAACUCAACAUCAGAAAUAGUGGAAUAGAUACGUUGCAAACAUGCACCUUUGAGAAAAGUCAUCACAGUGCCGACUGUGAAUGCAAAAUUAAAGUCGAUGGGUUUGUUUCAACUGAGGAAUUCACUACUACACUUGUGAAUGGAACAAAUGUUUUAUUAAGCAAAACAUUUGUGACAAUGAACUUCAUCAAACCAAAAACCCCAGUCGUAUCAGUGCAGAAGACUAAAAAUGGAGAUUUUAAAAUAACUUGGGAUGUCAAGUAUGAGAAAUCAUUUUUUUCAGAUCAUUUGGAAAUACAUCUGACGUAUAGGACUGAAGGAGAAAAUGAAACCAUGUCCAUGAAUGUGCAAAACUCUGUGGGAUUCUAUGAGAUUGUGGACAGAAAUCUCCAGCCAAACACCAACUACAUUCUGACAGCAAGAAUGAGCACAGAUUAUAACAAUCACAAGAUACUGAGUGACCAGAGCGCACCAGUUGAGUUCACCAGCUCCUCAUCUCCAAAUGAAUUACUCAAAACGAUGGUUCCGAUUCUAUGUUGUGUUUUAAUCGUCAUCAUUUGUACUACCUUCAUCUGUGUUUUGAGGGUGAAGAUGAAUUGGUGGGACAAGAUCUCCAAGCCAAAAAUAGAUGCCAAUAUUGGAGAAGAGAAGGGUCAUAUUUUGCCUCCUUCCAUUAUGGACUUCUCCUCGAUCCAUGUAGAGAUUCCAACACUGGACUUUGAGGACAAAAAGAAGUUGAUCUCCACAUUAUCAGUUGAUACAAACAAUGAGAAAAGUUCCCACAGUUUUGAGUCAGGGGCAGACGAUUAUGGCCAGGCUGGUUUUGAUUCUGGUAGUGACAAGGAGAAUUGCAACGUCUUAUCACGUGUCGAACGUGCCCGGGAGAAGGAUUUCAUAUCCUUUCUCUCAGCCAACAAAACACCCAGCAAUCAGCAAGUCGAGGGUUUUGAUUUCAGUUACUCAGGAGAUCACAACCGUGCUAAAAGAGAUUCGGGCAACUGCUCUGGGUCAUCGGUUUUCAGCAACAUGACGUAUUUGACAUCGGCCAAUGAUAAUUCAUCUUUCCUGGUUCAUUCCUGUCAAUCUGACAUUUCUAGCUUUGAAAACUCCUCUACGAGUGUUGAUAUGAACAAGAGCCAGUUUAACGUUCCCACUAAUGAUGUUUUGGAAGAUGGAUAUCAGCCCUUCAACAGCGGUGUGAACCAGGGAAAUGAUGCGGAUGUUAGUUUGAACCUUUCAAACGAUGUUGAUUCUGAGGAAAAGUUAUUGAAAAAUCUCAUCAUUAGUAAAAAUCCAGUAUAUCCUUCUCUGUUUGUCGAUGGUGGCAGCGUCGCACCAAGUGAUGGUGGGUAUCAGGCUUUGGAAGACUUAACAAAGAGCACAAAAGGACAGUUGAGCACGAGCAUCAGAACCGAACAAGCACUUAAAGAAUGUGGAGCGCUGAAAUCCUCCAACAGCACCGGCCUAGAUCCCACAUCAUCAGAGAAGCAAAGUUUGUGGCCCUCUUUGCUUUUUUCAACCAAAAUUGAAAUAGACACUUCAUAUCAGUCUUAUUAGCUGUGCUAUAACUGAAGCACUGAAUUUUGUUUUUUAUAUGUAACAUGCAAAGUUACAAAGCAACAGUUACAAAGAAAUAUGACCAGUAUAAUAUCUAUGCAAAUGUUCAUUGUUUAUGUACACUCAAAAAAGCCAAGACCUUGCAUUUAGGUUUCACUGUUUCUACAUGAAGACUUUGAAAAGUGCUUCAAUGCUCGAAGAGGUAAUGCAUGAUUAUUCUUCAUGUUCAUUUUUCUUUGUUAUUGAUCACAAUUACACACGCAAUGGUAAAUGCGACACCGAGUCACAUUUGCAAAUGCAAAUUUUAAAGGCUUGAUAACAAGGCCAAGACGGUUCUUAUCAUUCUGUGCUGUUAAAACAAAUGGUAGAUAUUUGCUUAUUCAUCUGUACAAUUCCAAUGAAUAAUUCCUUUGAAAGUAUCACCAGUUAUAGGAAACUUUACUUUUAAUAACUACAUGUUUGUAUAGAAUUUGCGACAUAGAAACAAUAAGAAGCGCUUUGCCUUAAUAUUCUUUGAAAACAUGACGAUGUAUUACUUUUCUUGCCAUUCGCAUCAUGUUUGUUUAUUAUUAAACUUUUUUUUUUUUUUUUCAUUUCAAAAUGUAAAGACAUUUCUAAACCUACCGGUAUAUUUGAUAUCUGAGUCUGUGAAAUAAAUUGUAUUUUUAUAUUUUCUACAAAUAAAAAAUAUGCUAGUCUGAA